AUGGCUCUGGGGCUGCCCUCCAAGAAAGCAUCUUCCCGCAACGUGAUCGUGGAGCGCAGGAACCUGAUCACCGUGUGCAGGUGGGCGCCGCUGGCGUUUGGACUCUUCUGUGGUCACUCAGGUUUCACCUGCCCCCACAUCACACCCAUGCCCUCCAUGAGCCCUUCUCUGCCUGCCUGUAACUUCACCUCUGACACCCUGGCUCUUCCUCCCUGUUGGACCCUCUCCCCCCCCCCCCCCAGGUUCUCUGUGAAAACCUUGCUAGAGAAGUACACAGCAGAGCCCAUUGAUGACUCAUCCGAGGAGUUUGUUAACUUCGCAGCCAUUUUGGAGCAGAUCCUCAGCCAUCGUUUCAAAGCUUGUGCCCCAGCAGGUCCAGCGAGCUGGUUCAGCUCAGAUGGGCAACGGGGCUUCUGGGACUAUAUCCGACUGGCCUGCAGCAAAGUGCCCAACAACUGUGUGAGCAGCAUUGAGAACAUGGAGAACAUCAGCACAGCCCGAGCCAAGGGCAGGGCAUGGAUUCGGGUGGCUCUGAUGGAGAAGCGCAUGUCAGAAUACAUCACCACAGCUCUUCGGGACAACCGAACUACCAGACGGUUCUAUGACUCCGGAGCCAUCAUGCUGCGGGAGGAAGCCACUGUCCUCACAGGGAUGCUGAUCGGGCUCAGCGCCAUUGACUUCAGCUUCUGUCUAAAGGGCGAAGUUCUGGACGGGAAGACGCCGGUGGUCAUCGAUUACACACCCUACCUAAAAUUCACCCAGAGCUACGACUACCUGACGGAUGAGGAGGAGCGACACAGUGCGGAGAGCAGCACCAGCGAGGACAACUCGCCUGAGCACCCCUACCUGCCUCUCGUCACUGACGAGGACAGUUGGUACAGCAAGUGGCACAAGAUGGAACAGAAGUUUCGCAUUGUCUAUGCGCAGAAGGGUUACCUGGAGGAGCUGGUGCGUCUGCGCGAGUCGCAGCUGAAGGACCUGGAGGCGGAGAACCGGCGGCUGCAGCUGCAGCUGGAGGAGGCUGCAGCACAGAAUCAGCGGGAGAAGCGAGAGCUGGAAGGCGUGAUCCUGGAGCUUCAGGAGCAGCUGACAGGUCUGAUCCCCGGUGACCAUGCCCCCCUGGCCCAGGGUUCCAAGGAGUUCACUACACCCCUGGUCAACCAAUGGCCUUCCCUGAGCACACUCAAUAGGCCUGAGGGUGCCAGCAACUCGAAGCUAUAUCGGAGACACAGCUUCAUGAGCACCGAGCCGCUGUCUGCAGAAGCCAGCCUGAGCUCAGACUCCCAGCGUCUGGGAGAGGGCAAGCGGGAUGAGGAACCCUGGGGCCCCAUUGGGAAGGACCCCACGCCCUCCAUGCUGGGCCUCUGCGGCUCCCUGGCUUCCAUCCCCAGCUGCAAGUCCCUGGCCAGCUUCAAAUCCAACGAAUGCUUGGUGAGCGACAGCCCCGAGGGCAGCCCGGCACUUAGCCCCAGCUGAGGAGCAGCACGGGCAAUGCCUGCCCCACCUGCCAGGGGCCACGGACAACGGUCACCUGAGUCCCCCAACCCAGGCAACCCUUCAAGGAUGCUGACCAUCUAGCCGAGGGUCUCUAGGGAAAGACAACCCAAGCCUCUUUCCUGCUUCAGCUUCCCACCAAGGAGGCAGGAGCUGCAUUGGCAAGUGGUGGCACCAGGAGGAAGGGGCACCCAGGUCACAAGUAGCCAGUCCCCUGGGAAGGCUGCUCCAUUCUGGUGGCCCUGAAGUCUGCCUGGUUCCUUUUGCUCAUGUUCCACACCUGCCUCAGAAGCAGGUGGUCCAGCCCUGGCAUUCCUGCUGCCCUGCCUCUGGUCUAUCCCUGUGUACCCUCUGAAGUCAUCCUUCCUUGGUACCUAUGUGGGGAGAUUAGGCAAAUAAAAACCAGAGGACUGA